AUGCUUCGUCAAGCUCUUCGUCUCAAGUCGGUUGUCUCGCCUUUGGCUUCGUCAUUCAGGGCUGCUGCCAAGUUGCACACCGUCCCCGCCUUGCCAUACACUGUUGCCUCCGGAGCCAAGCCCUUGCUCUCCCCCGCUGCAUUGAAGAUUAUCUAUGAGGAUCACCAGACUGGUCUCGUCAACCGCCUCAACGAGCUCAUCGCAGGCACCCCAUAUGAGGAGAAGGCUUUCCACGAGGUCCUCAUGGACAGUGCUCGCUCAUUGAACGAGGUUCAGAUCUUCAACAACGCCUCUCAAGCCUGGAACAACGACUUCUUCUUGCGCACCUUGAGCAGUGCGGUUGAGCAAAAGCCCAUGUCGGAAGUUCUCGCCAAGCGCAUCAGCGAGUCAUUCGGCAGCGUCGAGGUGUUCAAGCGCGAGUUCACGACCAACGCAUUGGGACUUUUCGGAUCGGGAUGGACCUGGUUGGUCGAGGACAAGGAUGGACGUUUGGUUCUGUUGAACACAUACAAUGCAGGAUCGCCUCACCACCGCCGUAGGAUGCAGCGUGAGGAUGAGACGUCGACGGACCACGAUUUCGCAUCGGCUGCUCAGAACCCUUACUCUGGCGCGUCGAAGUUCUCGGCACCGGCCAAGUUGAUGGCUAACAGCAGCUAUGUGCCCAUCUUGUGUGUCUCGAUGUGGGAGCACGCGUACUUGACGGAUUACGGAAUCACCCGUGAGGGCCGUGAGAAGUACUUGAACAACUUUUUCAAGACUGUUGACUGGAGUGUGGUCGAGAGCAGGGUUCUCCGUGUCGGUGGAUUCUAA